AGGCUGCCACCUCAUAUAAUUGAACCGCUUUCUCCACGAUAUCGUGCGAUUUCAAUAAGACGUCUUUGACUUCAUAUCGUACUUAGGAAAAUUUCCUCCUUAUAAAUUAAGGAGAACUAAAAUGAUUAACAGCAUGGAGGAACAGCAUGGAUGCAAAACAAGUAGCGGAAAGGCCCUCUAUCGGAACAACUCAAAGGAAGAGUCUGCAGAAAAGGAAAAAAAGUGACGAACAAAUAAGUAGAAGCAUCAAAAGGAUAAGGGCUGAUAUGGUUGAGAUUAGCGAGGGGCAAAAGCGCAUAAGGGAGGGGCAAAAGGAAGUGAGGGAACAAUUUCAGGAGAUAAAUAAAGAGGCCGCCAAACUAAAAGAGGAAACUAAUCUAAUCACCAAGCAGAGUGCUGCAAAUCAACUCCGGAUUGAUCUUAUGUUUCAAAUCCUCAGAGCAAGAGCUGAGAAUGAUUCUGCCAAGGAUGCCUUUCUCACUCAAGCCUUGCGGGAGCUAAUGACAAAGCAGGAGGGCAAAACCAGUGUUUGUGAACAGAAGCAAGGCCAAGAUUAAUGACUAACCGUGUUUCUCAUUACUUGUACUUUUCUUUUUUCUUGUCGAGAAGCGAGAACAAUCAAAUUUACGUUGUUUCUUCCUGAUAUGCUCUUUUUUUUUUUAAAUGAAAUACACCCAUGUAAUAAAGAGUAUUCGCCAUAAAUAAUCGCUACAAGGCUUUCUAUGGACCCUACCGAUGAUAUCCUAUAUACUGAAGCUGUAAUUUGAUUUUAAAGCCAGAUUUUAAAGGUAUCAUAUAUGUUUUGCAUGUUUAAGUAA